AUGGGAUGGCUCAGUGUUUCAACAAAGGACGGAAAACCGCUGCUCCGACCAGAGAACAAGUCGGAAGCUUUACCCGCGCCGGAGGUCAGCGAAGAAGCACCAAGGACAGACGUUGAGAUGGAGAAGCCACCAGAGGUGGAGAAGAUAGAGAACGAAGGUGAGCCUGGUGAGCCUUCCCAAGAGUUGGAGAGUGAGCAGGUGGAGGAGAACGUCGGAGAGGUGCUGAACACUGAGAUGGACUUGCAGCUAGUACCCUCGUUGCCUUCAGAGUUGCCAGAGCCGGCUGACGGAGCUCAACCUCCUCAAGAUACUCAAGGAGCUGCAGGAUCUGUCACGGUGAGCACAGAAGCUUGGGUAGCUCUGCGACAAGAAAGGGCCCAACGAGAGCGGCAGAUCAAGGCCAUGCAAGCGCAGGUGGACUCCGCUCGCAUGCAGCUGGAGCAACUCGAUGAGGUCAAAGCCAAACUUCGCGAGUAUCGCUCGGCAGCCUUGGAGGCACGUCAGCGUGGGCAAGAGUUUCUGGAGGGCCUUCAUAUGGCCACAGAGGAUCGUGUUGUGCCACUAUGGAAGAUGACAAGCAGACGAUGUGGCGUUAGCUCCAUUGAGAAAUGA